CAAGAUUCUGAGGAGUGGCUAGGACAAUACACCACUUCUCAGAAAGUGUGAGACUAAUGCCUCAUAAGGACUGCUGAGAAAAAAGCAGAAGAAAUCAGACUCUUCAGGACUCUGCGCAUGCUUUACUAAUAUUCAAGAUGGAAACCUCUGAUCUGGAAGCAGACAAUAUGGCCCCAUCUUCAAAAAAGAGUAAAAUCCUGGAAAAGAGGUCAGACUCACCAGAACCCAGCUGUGUCUCCAUGAAAAGUGAAGCAUCUAUGGAUUCUCCGUGGGUUUUCAGAGGUGGAGCCCCCGUAUCUGUACACAGUAAAAUCCUGGAAAAGAGGUCAGACUCACCAGAACCCAGCUGUGCCUCCAUGAAAAGUGAUGCAUCUAUGGAUUCUCCAUGGGUUUUCAGAGGUGGAGCCCCCGUAUCUGUACACAGUAAAAUCCUGGAAAAGAGGUCAGACUCACCAGAACCCAGCUGUGCCUCCAUGAAAAGUGAUGCAUCUAUGGAUUCUCCGUGGGUUUUCAGAGGUGGAGCCCCCUUAUCUGUACACAGGCAAGACACUGCAUCUGCUGGAAGUGAGGUCCAGAAAACCUUCAAGUUAAAUCUGUUGAAGAAGUUUGAGUGUUUGAAUGGAGUGAUGAUAAACCAGGGGAACCCAAUACUCCUGAAUGAGAUCUACACAGAGCUCUACAUCACAGAGGGAGACAGUGGAGACAUCAAUAAUGAACAUGAGGUGAGACAGAUGGAGGCAGCAUCCAGGAGAAAAACAACAGAGGAAACACCAAUCAAAUGCAAUGACAUCUUUAAGCCCUUAUCUGAAGAAGACAACCCCAUCAGGACCGUUCUGACAAAGGGCGUCGCUGGCAUCGGAAAAACAAUCUCUGUGCAGAAGUUCAUUCUGGACUGGGCUGAAGGGAAAGCAAAUCAGGACGUCCACCUCAUAUUUCCACUUCCUUUCAGAGAACUGAAUUUGAUCAAGGACCAAAAACUGAGUCUGAUGGAGCUCCUUCAUGUCUAUUUUAAGGAGACAAAAGAAAUGGACAUUUCCAGUUUAGAAAAGGUUCUGUUUAUUUUUGAUGGAAUGGAUGAGUGUCGUUUCCCUCUAGAUUUCCAGAACGCAGUGAGAGUGUGUGAUGUAAAUGAAUCAGCAUCAGUGCAUGUGGUGCUGAGAAACCUGAUCAAAGGGAAUCUGCUUCCCUCUGCUCUCAUCUGGAUCACUUCCCGACCAGCAGCAGCGGUUGAAAUCCCCUCUGAGUGUGUCGAUCGAGUCACAGAGGUACGAGGGUUCACAGACCCACAGAAGGAAGAAUAUUUCAGCAAGAGGAUCAGUGAUCAGAACCUGGCCAAUAACAUCAUCACACACCUGAAGUCAUUAAGAAGCCUCUACAUCAUGUGCCACAUCCCAGUCUUCUGCUGGAUUUCAGCCACUGUUCUAGAGAGAAUGUUGGUUGAAGCAGAGAGUGGAGAGCUCCCCAAGACUCUGACUCAAAUGUACACACACUUCCUCAUCAUUCAGACAAACAUCAUAAGAGAAAAGUACUCAAAGAAGCAGGAGAGUUAUGAAGAAAUGGUUCUGAAACUGGGACGACUGGCUUUUGAGCAACUGAUGAAAGGCAACCUGAUCUUCUGUGAGGAAGACCUGAGAGAGUGUGGCAUUGAUGUGAAAGAAGCAGCAGUGUACUCUGGUGUGUGUACGCAAAUCUUCAGAGAGGAGUUUGGGCUUGACCAGAGUAAAGUGUACUGCUUUGUGCAUCUGAGUGUUCAGGAGCAUCUCGCAGCUCUGUAUGUGCAUCUGACAUUCAUGAUGGAAAAGAGAAAUGUUCUAGAUCAGAGUCAGUCUUCAAAACUGGAAACGAAAGAAAUUACAAUCUCAGGUGUCCACAAGAGUGCUGUAGAUCAGGCCUUAAUAAGCUGGACUGGACAUCUGGAUCUUUUCCUUCGCUUUCUUCUGGGUUUCUUGCUGGAGUCCAAUCAGAAUCUCUUACAUCACUUAGUAACACAGACAGGAAAUAGCUGCCAGAGCAAAGAGGAAACAGUUCAGUACAUUAAGAAGGAGAUCAGUAGAGAUCUUCCUACAGAGAAGUCCAUCAAUCUGUUCCACUGUCUGAAUGAACUGGGUGACAAUUCUCUAGUGGAGGAAAUCCAACACUACCUGAAGUCUGGAAAACAAAGUGAACUCUCUCCUUCACAGUGGUCUGCUCUGGUGUUUGUGUUACUGACAUCAGCGCAGGAGCUGGAAGAAUUUGACCUGAGUAAAUAUACAAAUACAGACAACGUAUCAGAUUGGAUUCUUGUGAAGGUGAUGCCUGUGGUUGCAGAAUCCAGAAAAGCAAUUAUCAGGUGCAAUACAAUUAAAGAGAAAAGUUGGACAGCUCUGGACUCAGUGCUCAGCUCAGAAACCUCUAAUCUGAGAGAACUGCAUCUGAGUGUGAAUACACUGGAUCUGACUGGGACUAAUCUAGGAGUCUCAGGAGUGAAGCAUCUCUCUGCUGUACUGGAGAAUCCUCUCUGUAAAGUGGAGACACUGAGGUUGGAGUCUUGUCAUGUCUCAGAUGAAGGCUAUGCUGCUCUGGCUUCAGCUCUGAGAUCAAACUUCUCACACCUGAGAAAACUCCAUCUGUCCAAGAGUAAUCUAGGAGACUCAGGACUGAAGUGUCUCUCUGCUGGACUGGAGAAUCCUCACUGUAAACUGGAGACACUGAGGUUGGGGUGUUGUGGUGUCUCAGAUGAAGGCUGUGCUGCUCUGGCCUCAGCUCUAACAUCAAACCCCUCACACCUGAGAGAACUGCAUCUGACUGGGAAUAUUUUAGGAGACUCAGGAGUGAAGUGUCUCUCUGCUGUAUUGGAGAAUCCUCACUGCAAACUGAAGACACUGAGGUUGGAUCGUUGUGGUAUCUCAGAUGAACACUGUGCUGCUCUGGUUUUGCCUCUGAUAUCAAACUCCUCACACCUGAGAGACCUGGAUCUGUCUGAGAAUAAUCUAGGAGACUCAGGAGUGAAGCAUCUCUCUGCUGUACUGGAGAAUCCUCACUGUAAACUGGAGACACUGAGGUUGUGCUCUUGUGGUAUCUCAGAUGAAGGCUGUGCUGCUCUGGUUUCAGCUCUGAGAUCAAACCCUUCAUACCUGAGAGAACUGGAUCUGUAUGGAAAUAAACUAGGAGACUCAGGAAGGAAGCUGCUCUCUGCUCUUCAGGAUGAUGAAUGUUACAACCUAGAGGAAGUGUUGUGGUGAUGAACAUCUGUGUGUGACUGAUGAAAACUCCGGUGUUCCUGCAUUUCCAUGUUGGAGAAUAGAGAACAUGUUUACAGACACAUCAGUCAUUUAGUUCUAACACAUUAAAUAGACUUAGAGAAGUGAGAAGUGUGUGUUCAUCUUGCACGGUGAAUCAGACUGCACACAAUUCUACACUGAGACUGUACAGGAUGCAGACAUUAGGACUGAACUCAGAACAGCUGGAAUGGAGACUCAGUGUUGAUCAGAACACUUCAGUGUGUGUGAUCCUGAAGUUACUGAGUGUCACAAUCAGUCCCUGGAGUCACAGAGACCCUCCUGCACAUUCAACACCUCAUUCACUCCGAAUGUUUAUCUGAUAAUCAUCUGUCUUUUAAAGAGACUGAGGCGCAGAGAAUAUACAGUGUUUUCUGGAUGUGAAUGCUUUCUGAAAUUUAUUUAUUCCUAUAUUUGAAAUGAAUAAACAAAAAAUAAGAGAAGUUUUUACUUACAUCAUUUCAUAACUUGCACAGGCUCUUAUAGUUUACUGUGUAAUAAGUAAGCAAUAAUCUCUGACGGGGCGUCAUACGGCCUGAAGUGAAGUGGAUUUAAUGUUACCACCAUAAAGUUGAUUAUUUUCCUAUAACAGCACAUCCCUUUUUAUUCUUCUUACACAAUAGCAAUUUGCCAAAGACUUUGAGUAGAUUUUGAGAUUUGUAUGUUGGAGAUUACUCUUCGGCAAUUUAGCUUUUUUUUAUUUUAUUUUUUAAUUCGUUAAUGCACAUCACUUUUUUUUUUUAUGUUAAACUGUUAUUGUAAAUAGUUACACUUACUGCAGUUAUAACUUGCUGUGUGAUUUCACAGUGUAAUGUAAAUACAGAAUUUUAAUCCUUGUCAUAUGUUAUUGUUUCUCAAACCACUGGAUGAAAAGACCAAGAUGUAUAAACUAAAACUUUCUACAGAGUGUAAAAUAGUGUCUUUUACUUGUUUGUAAUGCACUAAAUAUAUCCAAUAGGAGGCAGUUUAUGAUUUAUCCUUAAUAAUUUAGUGCACUGUAUGCUGUUUACUGAUUCAUUUAUAUGUAUACAGUUGUUCCAAAAUGCAAUUCAACAUAAUAAAUUCUUAUUGUAAGUGUGGGGAUCUGUGUUUUCUUGUUGGUGGUUACCUGCACUGAUAAUCAGUGUGGGGAUCAUGUGAUCUGCAUUGUGUGGCUGCUUGUCUUGGGUCACAUGAGGCAUGUCACAUGACACAUUAGGAGAUUAUAAAGUUUGGCUUGUGGAGUUCACACUCUUUUGCUGCUGCCAUUUGCCAUUGCAACUAGACUCCCGUCAUACAGGGUGACUGCUAGAACAAUGAGUUCCACUCUUCAUGAAGGACACAGGUGACUGCGUGGCAUUUGAAGGACUUGUGACCUCCUAUUGAGUUGCUGGGCUGCAGACACUCUGCACUGGAGUGCCCCAUUUUCCUGGGUUAUUGUGCUGCGGGGAGUAUUGAACACUCUUGCAAAGUUCUCUGUACAAGGCCGGGUCUGCACCUCACUACUGCUCCUUUCAGUUGGGGGCUGCACUGAGGGGACACUAUUCUGGUGUGUACUGGUAACAUGCAACACGGUGUGGUAUUUUGUAGUGGUAAUUACUGACCUUGUGUGUGCAGUGUUUGCUACGUUGCAUGCUUGUAUGGUGUUGGGUUUGCUCUGUCUGUCUCUCUCACCAGGGCCUCCUAGGAGAGGAGCUGUGGGUGCCGUGCCGACCCGACCUUAUUAGUUUGAGAAGCUCCAGCCAGGCAGAAAUUAAAACUCUGCAAACCCACUGUGAGGACAUCAAAGAAGUGGACCACUGAGGCUGUGGGGAAACUGCAGAAGUGUCUGGACUGUACAAACUGGCAAGUUUUCAGGUCUGUCACCAAUAGUCUGGACGAGUACACGGACACUGUGACAUCCUACAUUAACUUUUGUGAGGACAGCGUCAUUCCAUCACGCACCAGGGUGAGUUAUAACAAUGAUAAACCCUGGUUCAUAGCUAAAAUCAGACAGCUGAGGUCAGAGACAGAGGCUGCAUUCAGAAGUGGGGACAAAGACAAAUACAAAGAGGCCAAGUACAGAUUUAGCAAGGAGGUGAGAAGAGCUAAAUCAGAGCAUGGUGAGAGAAUGGAACAGCAGCUCUCAGCCAACGACUCUGCCUCUGUCUGGAAAGGGCUUAAGGCAAUCACCAACUACAAGCCUAGAGCCCACCACUCUGUGAACGACCUGUGCUUGUCCAACAGCCUGAACAAAUUUUACUGCCGCUUUGAUGGGCAAUGGGACAUACCUGAUAGCCCCCCCCCCCUGCAGCAGCCCCUCCUCCAAUGCUACACCUGGAUCACCCACACAGCCUCACACCUCAGUGUCGCUCUCUCCCCCGCCCCUCACACCUCUCUCCUCAAAGAGGUAGAUGUUUAAACGGCUGAACCCCCACAAAGCCGCAGGCCUGGACUCUGUCUCCCCCUCCACCCUGAAGCACUGUGCCAACCAGCUGUCUCCGGUGUUCACUAACAUUUUUAACACCUCACUGGAGACCUGCCAUGUGUCAGCCUGUUUUAAAACUUCAGAGAUUAUUCCAGUCUCUAAGAAGGCGAGGAUAACAGGACUUAAUGAUUACAGACCCGUUGCCCUGACUACUGUGGUCAAGAAAUCAUUACUAUUACAGACCCUAUUCUGGAUCCCAUGCAGUUUGCCUACAGAUCCAACAGAUCUGUAGACGACGCUGUAAACAUGGCCCUCCACUUCAUCCUCCAGCAUCUGGACUCCCCAGGAUCCUAUGCCAGGUUACUGUUUGUGGACGUCAGCUCUGCCUUCAACACUAUCAUCCCAUCUCUGCUCCGAGACAAGCUCUCACAGCUGAACAUGCCGGACUCAUUGUGCAGGUGGAUCACAGACUUCCUGACAGACAGACGGCAGUUCGUAAGGCUGGGGAAGUAUGUCUCGGACUCCCGGAUCAUCAGCACUGGAUCCCCCCAAGGCUGUGUCCUCUCUCCUCUGUUAUUCACCCUGUAUACCAACAGCUGAACAUCUGGACAGCAGUCUGUCAAACUCCUGAAGUUCGCAGAUGACACCACCCUCAUCGGCCUCAUCUCUGAUGGACCGUCUAGUGUCAUGGUGCAGCAUGAACAACUCAACGCAGAACGCUCUCAAGAUAGCGGAGAUGAUAGUGGAUUUCAGGAAGGACCCAGCCCCCCUCCCACCCGUCAUCCUCUGUGACACUCCGGUGACCUCUGUCGAGUCCUUCCGCUUCCUGGGAACCACCAUCACCCAGGAGCUCAAGUGGGAGCAGAACAUCAGCUCCCUCACCAAGAAGGCUCAGCAGAGGCUGUACUUCUUGCGGCAGCUGAAGAAGUUCCACCUCCCUGUGAAGAUGAUGGUCAACUUCUAUACUGCCAUCAUCAAAUCGAUUCUAACUUCCUCCAUCACAGUCUGGUUUGCUGCUGCCACGGCCAGGGACAAGGCCAAGCUGAAGCGCGUCAUCCACUCCGCUGAGAAGGUGAUCGGCUGCAGCCUCCCAUCACUCCAGGACUUGUACGUCUCCAGGACCCGGAGACGGGCAGCCAGGAUUGCAGCCGACCCCUCUCACCCCGGACAUGUACUCUUCCAGCCCCUCCCCUCUGGCAAGAGGCUUCGGUCCAUCAGGACCAGGACCGCACGCCACAAGAACAGCUUCUUCCCCGCUGCAGUCAGCCUGCUGAACAGUGCCCCAAUUCCCCUCAGGUGACA